AUGCGGGCUCGGGCGUGGAACGGGAAGGCGGAGAUCUUCGCUAGUGAUGUAGAAAAGGAGCUGGGGAGUUCAGACGGGCCACCGCGGAACUGGAAGGGCAUUGGGAUCGCUAUGAUGGUGAUCCUGGCGGUCAUGUCGUUGGUCAUUCUCUCCGUCGUCGUCCUCACUCCCGAUGAAUCUCACUUGUUACGCCGCUCCCUUUUCACCUUGGAGGACCUGGAGAGCGAAGAGUUCAAAGUUCACGACCCCUGUGUGACCUGGCUGACGGAAAACGAAGUGGUUCUGCGCACCAGAGAGGGUCACGUCCUGUCGUUCAGCCUCAACAACAACCUGACGACCACCCUGCUGGACAACACCUCACUGGACCUGACCACCACAAGAUUCCAAGUUUCUGCAGACAAGGGCUUUGUGCUCCUGGCUUACAACAUUAAACCGGUGUUCUCUCAGUCCUUCACAGCCACCUAUGCUAUCUACAGUGUGGCCACUGGGGAUCUGCUGGAGCUUAGGCCACCAUUGAAGGAGAAGGCUGGGUUGCAGUACGCUUCUUGGGGGCCUCAGGGGAACCAGCUGGCCUUUGUGUUUGACGGAGACAUCUACUACAAGUCCAGUGUGACCAGCCAAGCCCUGCGUCUCACAUCCACUGGCGACGAGCACAGGGUGGUGAACGGGCUCUCAGAUUGGAUUUACGAGGAGGAGGUGCUUUUGUGUUACUCUGCCCAUUGGUGGUCCAUGGAUGGCGCCCGGAUGGCCUACCUCAGCAUCAACAACUCUGCCACACCCCUUGUGGAAAUGCCAACAUUUUUGGGAGGCCUAUACCCCUCCAAUGUGAUCUUCCCCUAUCCCAAGGCCGGCUCCAAAAUCCCAUCAGUCAGCCUGUUUGUUGUGAACCUGUAUGGCCCAACCCACACGUUGGAGAUGACGUCCCCCGACUCAGUCAGAGCCAGAGAAGGAUACAUCUCCAUGGUGACCUGGACCAGCCGCACGCGCCUGGCGGUUCGUUGGCUGAACCGCGCCCAGAACCAAUCAGUACUUUGUGUGUGCGAGGCCACCACUGGCGCAUGCUCAGAGAAACACAAGACGACAAUGGAUGUUAUGCACAGCCAAUUGCAGGAUGUGCCACUCUUCUCCGAUGAUGGCGACAUGUUCUACGCCAUCCUGCCAGCAAAGCAGGGCGCCCGCGGAGAGUUCAGACAUAUCGCUGCUUUCUCAGCCCAGCCCACCAUUCCCUCCAUCCCUCCUCGCUUUUUGACAUCUGGAAGCUGGGAUGUCAUCUCGCUUUGCACCCUGGAUGAGAAGGCUGGAAAGAUCUAUUUUCUCAGUACAGAAGAGUCCAGACAAGGAAGACACCUCUACAGUGUGGAUGUGGAUGGAGCAUUUCAGCGCCAGUGUGUCACCUGUAACCUCUUUGAUGAAUGCCACUUCUUUCAAGCAGAUUUCAGUCCCAAUUGCACCUACUUCACUCUCCGUUGCCUGGGUCCAGGAGUUCCAAAAGUGACAGUCCACAACUUAAAGGACCCCUCCAGAUAUGUUGUCUUGGAGGACAACAGUCCCCUCUCCAAAGCCCUGGAAGUCAAGCAUCUCCCCAACACUCUGUUCAUGACCAUUUCAGCUGGCAACCGUGAUGUGCACCUGAAAUUAUCUUUACCUCAAGGUUACGAGGCUAACCUACACCCUCUGCUUAUCAUUGUAGACAGCCUUCCCGGUAGUCAGUCGGUAACGGAGGAGUUUGCACUUGACUGGCCUCAGGUCCUCUCCAGCUCACACAAUGUAGCGUUGGUUUGGGUGGACGGUCAGAGCGGGGUUGGCCGUGGACAGAAGACCGCCGCCACAGACACACGCAAGCUUGGUUCACUUCAAGUCAAAGAUCAUUUGGAAGUCGUAGAGUUGUUGAUGAAGCUGCCGUAUAUUGACGAUCGCCGCAUGGCUCUCUAUGGCAAGGCAUUUGGUGGACACUUAACUCUCAAAAUGUUAACUGCAACAGAGAAGUUCUUUCAAUGCUCAGCUGCGGUGGCCCCAAUAACGGACUUUAGGCUUUACAGCGCUGCAUUCUCCGAGCGUUAUCUUGGCCUUCCAACAAAGGAGGAGCAUGUUUACUUGACUACCUCCCUGCUGGAGGAGGUCAGCAAACUGAAGGAUGAGAACUUUCUUAUUCUACACGGAACUGCGGAUGCAAGGGUACACUUCCAGCACAGCGCGGAGCUACUGAGCCGACUGGUGAGGGUGGAGGCCAACUACACCUUGCAGCUCUAUCCGGAUGAGGGCCACACGUUGCGGGAACCGCGCAGCAUCCAGCACUUCCAGCGCACGAUAGUCAACUACCUUCAUAACUGCUUCAAGCACAGCGUCCUCGUGGAUACAGUUGAGGAUGAAGAGGAUGAUGAUGACUGA